CUACAAAGAGGUUUCGGAGGCGCCUUCUUCUCAGCCAGCAAACUAUGGGGCUGCCUUGUGAGAGGGUUCCUUCUUCCCUUCCCUGAAGCCCUCAGGGAUGCUCUUCAAAGUCAUCUUCUGGCUGGGCUAUUUCAACAGCUGCGUGAACCCCAUCAUCUACCCUUGCUCCAGCAAAGAGUUCAAGAGGGCUUUCACCCGGCUCCUCAAGUGCCAGUGCCGGAGGAGGAGGAGGCCCAUUUGGAGGGUCUACGACAACCACUGGCGGGGGGCCUCCAUGAACGGGUCCGGCCAAGACUCCGAGAGGGAGCCCAGGUCCAGGAUCUCCACACUCAACGGCUCCUUCAUGUUGAACUCGGGCAGUUUGGAAAGAGGCAGCAAACGGAGGACUCUGAACUUCAAGAGGUGGAGGCUUUUUUCCCCUUUCCAGAAGCCCUCCACCCAGCUGAAGGAGAAAAUGAACAGCCUCUCACACAAAAUCCGGGGCAGCUCCGUCAAAGGGGGCGCCGUGGCCUCGUACAAAACGGAGGUGGAGUCGGUCUCCGUCGGGAUCCCCAACGAGUUCAUGGAGUGCAUUGAGUACCAAAUGUAUGACGAUCUGACGGACUCCGAGUCCUGCGGGCUUAAGGAGACGGAUAUUUAAUUGCCAGCAGGGAUCUCUGCCCUUUGGGGUUCCGUUUUCUUUUGUCAGUGUCUCUCGCGCGGUGGUUGGCUGUCAAAAGGGGGACAGG